AUGUCAGGACCAUUUUCGCUUUGGAAUAAUAAUCAGUACACCUCAUAGCCAUAUAGUAAUUAAGGGUAGGGACCACCUCCAGAUUCAUUUGGUGAUUCAGAUCCAGCAAAGCAGGCUAAGCUUUUUCGAGAGCUUUAGGAAUAAGCUUAAUCACUAAAUCAAAUGCUUUAGAGGAGCAACAUCACUGAUGUGCUUUACUCUACCGCCACUGGGUCAAAUGGACUUAAUAGUGGGUACAUAGGGCUCUAAUCAUCUAUGGGAGCUAGACUCGUUCAUGGAGCACCAGCAUAUGAUAUUUCUGUGAGAUCCUAGGGUGCUAGGUCAAUAGAUUAGAUACUGCAGAGUCUAAAGUAGAAAACUUAAGAAUCUCAGCUGAGAAUGGAUGAGGCAGCAGAAAAUCAGUCCAAGGCAUUCUUCUCAAGCAAAGGUAUUGAUGUUGCAGAGAUCGAGCAUUAAGUCAAAACUACAAUGAAUACCUUUUCUCUUUAUCAAAAGAAAUAGCUUGAGGUUAAAGAAAAGCCUCUAUCCGCAAUACAUCAUAAGAAUCUUAUCUUAAAGUAUGUAGAUAGUGGAGCAGGUGAAGAUAAAUUGACGCUUAGUAACCAAUCAUAUAAGGAAAAACUCUUAGCAGGACCCUUAUAAUAGCCAUUGUUUAUAGAGUAUAAGUAGGAAUUGGGUCGAUCCUUUGGAAACUAAUUGGUUGAAAAAUUCAAGCAAGCCUCUAAAACUAUUUAGCUCACAGUUGGCAAGAAAAUUACAAUGGCUCCACCAGGAGAGUUCUAGUUAGUUCAAUCCUCAAUUCAAAGAGACAAUACUCAGCAGGCUCCUGCAUAAACAGUGAUCAAGACAGAUAAAUAUUUAAAUGAAUUUAGAGAUAAUGGUUCCCCUAUGAGUUACUAGUUGCUGAGAGAUAUUGCUGAGAAGCGAGUCACAGUUUUUUACGACGACAAAUUUAUGAGAGAACUCCAGAAUAGAGUCAGCUAGAAAUUCCUUCCACUAGACUAUCAAAACAACAGGGAAACAUUUGAGGCUUACUCUAUGGGUCUUAAGGGAUACACUGAGGAAAAGUACUACUCUCAGAAUUAAAAUCUUCCUGCAUACAUAGAUAGAAUUAUUACUUAUGAAAGAGAUAAGACUAAAGGCUAUAUAUACAGUAAUGCUAUGAAUGAUCUUGAUGGCAGCUGGACUUUAAAGCAACAGAUGCAUUAGACAUUCCUCGAUACUUUUGAAUUAUUGAGUCAAUUCGCCAGAGCCCCACAACUAAAUUAACUCAAUGAUAGAGACUUAUUCUUAGAUUCUGUAAAAUACCAAAGGUUUAUAGCCAGAAGUACAUGUGAAUUCCUGGAAAAAGACUACAAAUUGAAUAUGAUACCUUAGAAUCCAAAUAUUGUUGAAGCAUUUGAAGAGCAUAUAACUAAAUUGCUCUCAAAGUAUGAGCUCAAGAAUCCUCAAUACUAUAUAUUCUAUCACGAUGAGACCCAAACAUACCCAUUCGGAGUAGCAUUCUUCAUGUUUAGAACUGGUCAGCAUGAUCACGCUAUCAGAUAUUUGGAGUAAUUUCCAGAUGACUAAGUCAAAAAGUUUGGAAAUAUGUAUAAGAGAUACUAUAAAGAAUAUGAAAAGCUCAUUAUGCGUAGCUAAGUAGAAGCUUUUUAAAGGCAAUGCUAAGUUAUCACUACAGGUAUCAAUGAUCUAUAUCUAGAGGCAUUAAUAAGCUUAAUGAUUGGCUCAAAAUUCUAAUGCUAAGAUGAGCAGAUUUUCUACGAAGUUCUUACUGGUUAUGAACUUGAGACCUAGCUUUGGUUCAAGCUAAAACUAGCUUGUUAUGAAUAUAAGGCGGAGGAUGAAAACCUUUCUAGCUUUUAAGAGCCUAUAAUGCUUCCAUCUGACUAUCAAACUCAGAAUCUUGAAGAUUUGCAGAAAUUUAUCACAGAGACUCUAGGCCCAUAGGAAUUUAAAUAAAAUUCAAAUAGUGAGGAUCCCUCUGAUAUCCUUACCUACUUCAAGGAACUGCUGCAAGUCAAAGACUUUUUCAUUCAAGGAGCGCAUAUUGCUUUGAUCUUGAAUGAACUCGGAAUCUUAAAGACCCGUUAUGGACUCCUUAAUUUCAUCUAAGGGCCCUUAUAUGAUAUUGCUAAAGAAACUCAAGAUGAUUUGCCAAAGAUUCUUGACUAAUGCUUUGACCUUCAUGGAUGUGUCAUAUAACUUAUAAAGCAAGCUGAAACCUAGCAGUACUACAAGACUGAAGUAGUAUCACUGAUUCUUUGUUUGCAAGAAUAGAGUCUAGUUCUCUAUGAACUUGCUUAGUAUAUAAUAAAGAACGAUUUGUAUGAGUUGCUACUUGAGAGCGAUCCUUUAAUCUCAAUACUUGGGGGUUUUGAAAUAAAUAAGCAAAUGACCCUAAGGGCAUUGAUAAGUGAGCAAGUUUACAUUGAACUUGUCAAGAAGGUUGCAAAGAUGAAUGAAAAUACCCUUAACGCUCAAAUAAAUGUCCUAAUCUUUGAUAAGAUUCAAGACUUCGAUGGAGUGCUGAAGCAGUUAAAUGCAUUACAAAGGGAUUAAAUCUAGAGAUGCAUCCAUCCAUACUUUUUAAUUACAGAUCUGACCAACGAAUAAGCCUAAAUGAUUGCUCUCCAAGAUUUCUUAAAAAGACCACCAUUCGAUGAAAGCGAGUAGAUCUAAAAAUAAUACUCUUCGUUGCUUAAUCAAUAUGAAAAGAAGAAAUUAAAGCAAAAAUAUUAGACAAGAUACUUAGUACUUGAUAGUCUAGGUUUCAUAUUCUAAGCGGUUAUGAAGAUUGAUUAUCAAUAAUUUGAAGCAGCUCUAGCAGAUUUUGGAUAAUUAUACUUCUUGCCUGUCAAAUUGAAAGAUGAUCCAUAUCAAAAAGCUAAGUUAUUUGAUAAUCUUGAUGAAGAACUAAAGAUCAUUGUUUUUGAUAUCCUAAUUGUUAUUGGUAAAUGCAUUCAACUGGCAUAUAAUAAUAUAAAGAAGGAUACACAUGGUUUGACUGAUUUAAGCAAGUUUAAUCAGUUGAAGUUGGACAAGCUGUAUGAACAUAGAAAUUUAUUGGAAAGAUUAGCGAUUUACCUCGAUUACUUGAGAUAAAAUAUCAGCAACAAAUCACUUGAUGAGCCAAGAUUAAGAGAGGUUCAUGCUUUUAUAAAGAAAAUGCAAAUGAAUGUUGCUUGA